AUGUCUAAAAAUAUAUAUGGAAAUACUAUUUCACCUGGUCAUCCAUAUUGGGAUUACUCUGAGGAACAUGAUGAUGAUUAUGUUGGAUUAGAAUCUACAACAAAAGUUGAUAAAGAUUUACUAGAAAUAAAACAAGCAUCACUUAGAAUUUUUGAUUUUUUUAGUACAUUUAAUCAAUUAUUUGGAUUGUCAAUGGUAAUAUUAGUAGGAUAUUUUUAUGGAAAUAUUGAUGGUUCAUAUUACUGGAAAAAUAUUGAUAGUAAAAGUUUAACAGCUGAAGAUGAAAGAGCAUACCUUAAUUUACAUGGUUUAGCUGUCAUUGUUGGACUUGUAUUUUUUCAUGGUGAAGGAAUUUUAAUAAAUCGCCAUUUUAGACAUGAACUAAAAUGUAUAUUUAAGGUAUAUCAAAUAAUAUUUAAUAUAAUCUCCUUAGCAUGUGGAGCAUUUGCCUUAGCAUCAUUUGUAAUAUACUCAAACAAACAAAUAGACUAUCAAUAUUAUUCUUUUCAAUUUUGGUUAUUAUUAGGUGUUUUAACUAUAUAUGUUGUAGUAUCAACUAUAUAUAUGUUUGUUUAUACAUUUCCUAGAUUACCUAAAAAGUUUCGCCUUAUAAUUAAACCAUAUACAAAUGCCAUGACAUUAGUUGCAUUUGUCUUAUCAUCUGUCUACUCAAUCUUAUCUAAUGCACUUUAUAUUAAUAAAUAUCUAAAUAAAACUAAUGCUCCAAUUUGUAAUAAAGAUGAAAAUUGUAUUGUAAAUUUACAAUAUGUUAUGAAUUUUGGUCUUCUAUCAACUGUAUUGUAUUGUAUUGUUGUUGUCAUACAAGCAUCCAAGAAAACAUGGAGUAGAAAAAUUAAGAAUUUAUAG